AUGGCCAGAUCAGUCAGAUCAAAGAGAAGAUUAAGAAAUCAACGUGUUCAAGUUGAAAAAUUAAAAGUUUUUGAAAAGAAUCGUUUAGAAGACAUCAUUAAAAAAAGAGAUGAACAUUUUGAUAAUCAAAUUGUCGAUGCUGAAGCUUUAAAUAUUCCACCUGAAUUAGCUGCUUUAAAUAAAACAAAUACAGAUGAAAUGCAAGUUGAAAAAGAAAACACCAAAGAUAAUAAAAAGAAUAAUAAAAAAGUUGAUGCUAUGGUUGAUGAUGAUGAAGAAAGUGAUGAAGAAAUGGAUGAUUCAACAAAAGUUAAAAAAUCAGUUAAUCCAUCUCACUUAUCAAAUAAAGAAAAUAAACAAAAAUACAUUAAGCUUUACAUUAAAAAACAAAAGAAAAGAGCUCAACAUAAGAAAAAAGUCCCAAUUAUUUAA